GUGCCACUUUCAGGUCUCCUCACACUGCUGGUGUGUUCCAUUUUUUGUCAUAGGGUGCUGGCAGAUUACGGGCCUCCCAUAGCUGCUGCCAGGCCCCUAAUCUGCCAUGGGCCCCUAUACCGCCUCCUCAUGCUGCUGCCAGGUCCAGAGUCUCUCAUGGGUCCCUGUACGGCCUCCCAUUGCUGCUGUCUCCAUCGCCACACUCUGCCAUGUGCCACUUUCAGGUCUCCUCACACUGCUGGUGGUUUCCAUUUUUGUCAUAGGGUGCUGUAUGGCCUCCCAUUGCUGCUGUGUCCACCGCCACACUGUGGCUCCACACUCUGGUUUUGGCCCCGUGACUGCCCAAAUGAGUGAAGUGUGCGGUGAUUCUAAGAUCGACGGCACUCAUCUGCAUGUCAUACUG